AUGGAUCCCGACGUUACUAUUGCUGGGAUUGUUCCUCACGAGAACGAUCUACAGCGCUCGGUGCAAACCGCCAACAUGGCUGGUGCAUCCCAAACUGUGGCACCAAAAGCCACCCACGGAACCUUUCAGCUUUCCAAGAAUGAUUCGACCAUGAGCUUCGCAAAAUUUACUGCGCCGCUCUCCAACAGCGAUUCUUUUGGCAACUUGGCCAAAGUCACCACUCGCCCUUCGCAAAAUUCACUUGCUGGAUCUCGCAAAUUUACUCCAGUUCAAUCAGUCUUUAAUGACUUUGCUACGGCCCAUUCAUCGAUCACCUCCAAGAACUCCAGAGCAAAGCUCUCAGAGAACAGUCCAACCGAAUCGUCAUUGCCCAAGACCGAGCUUACCCUGGAGCAUUUUGAAGUCAAGUCUAAGAGACUCGAUACGGCUUUUCCUGACAAGCCUUCUAUUCCACCACGCGCUGCCUUGAAUAAUGUUCGCAACCUGUCUCUUGAAUUUGGAGCCUUGGGUGCAGCAAGUGAAUCUGAAAAGGGUGUUUUCUCGACCCGCAACUAUGGAAAAGUUUUCUCACCACGUCUCUCAAUCGUCAAGGAUUCUCCACGCUCAGAUAGUGAAUCUCCCGCUGGCUCUUCCAGCCUUCUUGUGAACCCACCCAGCACACCCAAUGCUAGGGUCAAUCUGUUGGCUCCGAGACCUGUGAGACCUACUAGCAGCGUUUACAGCGUCAGUAGCCCAAGCCCGGCGCCAAAGAAUUUUUUCCACGGUCCAGAGAGCAAUGUUUUACCUCCAACACAGGUGAAUGAGGAUGAUGUGAACUUCAUUUCAUCGUCGCCAACCAUUGAUCAAUCAAAGUAUCAACCAGGCCUGUUUCAUUCAACUUCGGAGUCCGUUAUCCACAAUCACAACUACGGCGAAGUCCAACAUAUAGAGAGCAACUUUGGCAACUUUGGCGACGAUUCUAGAUCUUACUACGGCUAUGACGAGGACAUUAGCUUCGAGGGAAGCAACAAUGGCGAAGACUUGAUUCUUUUUCCUGACCAGAUUCAAACCUUUGAAGAUAAGGACCAGACCUCUUUGUCUAACCCAUCCACUGUCUCUUUGUCAAAUUCAGCUCCUCAUUCUGAAUCAGGCACUGUGCUUCACCAUGUGGAGUUCGCAGGAGUAGACGAUGAUAAUUUCUCUCUUAUGAGCUACUACGAUGAAGAAAACAGCAUCGAGUCCAUUGUUUACCUGGAGAAUAUUCCGACAGCCACCAGAGCCACACAUGGAUGUCCCAUGAUUUGCCCUUCGCAAGAGUCAAUCCAGCCUGCUCCAUUUACGCCUUUCCGUCACGGUACGAACACCAGCGCUCCAGUCACGGGAAAUCCGUCCAACAUCGGCCUCCCUCGUGUACCUGCGCCACCCGGUAGAGUUUACCUGGCUGAUUCCUCCCCGAGAGUACUUGGCCCGUCGUCUUCGCCAUAUGAUGACACGCACAAUCUUCUUGGCCUCUCGCCGAAUACACCAACCAAGAAACAUGCUGGAAAGCAGGCAAACAGUGCAUCGCCACUCAAGAACGGAUUCAGCGAAGAUGAUGAGAAGUCCAUGAGCCCGGCAACUCACAAUCGCCAUGAGAGAAAUAUCAGCAUUGAACUUCAUGGAAUGGCCGACGAUGGUGGAAACAGUGAUAAGGCCCCCUCUCCCAAGAAGGGCGAAGUCGGAGUUCAAACUACUCCCCCCAGCUACAAAUCGGUCAUUAGAAACCUUCGAUCUGACCAGAAGCGCCUUUCAAAGAUUUUCUCCGAUGGGUUCUAUGCUACUCGUCACUCUCCUUCGAAGAAGGCAUGGCAUAGGAGGAACAAGGACAAGGCCAUCAAAAUCCCCAUCCGUCCACUUCCUGGCAAAGACAGAUCUCCAAGAAUUUCAAAGUAUAGAACCUCGGGUUCUAGCAACGUCACUGGCAAGGAAGAUGAUCCCAAUGACUGGGAGACUGUUACAGAUAGCAUCAUGCUGUUUAGCAGAGAUGACGAGAAAGAAAACAUUCGUCCAUUCGUCGAUGCUGCGUUCAACGAGGCUGGGAGCAGCAUCGCCAAUUUCUCUGACCAUCUUGGCGAGAGCAGCAGUGGCCCAAUUCUAGCUGCCCUCACACUUGCACAAUCGGAGCAAGUCAUGCACUAUCGUGAUCGCUACAAUGGCGACGAUGGGAUGUAUCAAGGGCACGUCAUGGAGACAUCAUCAUCCGCUAUGCUCCCCAGACGUAGAAUGCAUGGAACCGACGGAUUCCCUCUGAAUGGGUUCAGAACACCAAAGAGAGGCUUUGAGGCUGUUACGAGCUCUCUCAUUCCCGAGGAUACUCUAUCUUCGCCAUUGGAGAAUUACUCGCGUUCGCGUUCGAGGCAGAAUGGCCCAGUUGCGAAGCCACAGUAUAAGAGUAGGUUCAAUGAUGACUUCCAUCAGGAUCCAACAAUCUCUACCACCAUGGAUAUGACCCUUCCUGGCCGCGGCAAUUUUGCUGGCCCAUCAACUCCAAUGCAUUGGGUUGCAGGCGAUGAUCACUUGGAGGUGGACUUGCGAGGAAGCCCACGCAACCGAGGAGCAAACUCCCCAGAUUCAUUCAUGCAAAUGGUUAUGCAGGCAAAUGGAGGUACGAUGCCACAAUACAUGGGAGACCAUGACAGCGAACGCCGCACCCUUGGAAGCAGCAUCGCGGAUGUCAGCACCGUCGCUGAUAAUCAAUCUUUCAUUGACCUUCAUGGUGGCCCGGCUGCGAACGAGAACCAUCAAUACGGCGGUCUGUACGCUUUCAACCAGAAUCCCAAUGCGAAGGAACGCACUGGAAUUACACCAGGCAACUCUCGCGCCCGUGCUCCUCUCGUCAAAGGUCCCCCUGGAGCCUUCUAUAGAAAGCUUCAAUCGAAGGCGAACUCCCUUCUUGCUAAGAAGGUUGAUAAGGUUGAUAAGGUUGAUGAGACACCCACCAAGAUGCCAUCUUCUCCAACUAAGACUAGAGUGACAUACUCUCCGAGCCGCAUGCUGCGCCCUUUGUCUCUGGUCGCCGACUCUCUGGGACCUAUGAACCAAAUCAUCCCACAACCUGCUGACAUUGAGAACUAUGUCUACAGAUCUCCUCUUGCUCCAGUCCAGUCAGCUGAGUGGAUGAAUCUGUAUUCGACCGCGGACCUGAACCGCAUCAACUCGUCCCCGCAUUCUGCUCAUUCAUCUCCGCGUUUUGAGCAGUCGACCCCGCGUUUCGAUCAGUCAUCCCCGCGUCCUAUUGAUUCGCCCCUGAAUUCUGUUCACUCAUCCCCACUCAUUGGAGAGCCUCUCUUGCGCGAUCCUGCCUGGCACAUCCAUGAGGGCCCCCCACGCUUGUCGGCCUGGAUCCAUGACAAUUCGUCCACGGCCACCGACACUGCUGAUCGCAAGGCCAAGAUCUCGAAUGUUGCACUCGCUAUAUGCAUGCUCCUUCCACCAGCUCUUCUCCUGUUGAGAGUUGGCUGGCUUGAUCAGUUCAUGAUCUGGUACACCAAGGGUGAUAUCUCCCACUUUGGCAAGACCCAGAAGAAGGCCGCAGGCUACUUGUUCGCCGCCUAUGUCUGCAGUGCCACUGUUGUCGUGAUUAUCACUGUUCUGGUCCACACGUUUCAUGCAGGUGCUGCUUGAUUCGAACUUGCCACACUGACGCAAUACGUGUCAAAAUCUGUAUGUGUAUAUACUCAAAGAGGCGACAAUUGUUGAAGUACGACUUUCGGAAAAGAGAAUGGGAAGCACGAGGAGUACAAGACAGGCCCUGAGAUUUUGUGUAUCCGCCAACAAACAACUUCCUCGUUCAAUUUUUGAUCAUAGGUAUAUGUCGUCCACAAUUUGCUAACUGGCUAUCGACGGUAUUUGAACUUAUUCACGGAGAC